CAGGUGGACAAUGGCUGACGUCUGACGCAGACUGACUGAAGUCCACAAGAUGAGUGCUUGUAUGGAGGAAGAGGAGGAGGACAGAGCAGAGCCUCCUGUGUCCAACUUCCUGUCUAUGAAGAGUGACCAGGACAAUGGUCAUCCUCCAGACUUCAGUAAUGAACCUGAACCCUCAAACACAAAAGUCCUGUGGUCAGACCACAGACAGAGAGCAGAGUAUCCAGCAUCAGACUGUCUGUCUAUGAAGAGUGAUCGGUCCAUAGAUGCUCCUCCAUUCUUCAGGAAUGAACCUGGACCCUCAGACCCAAGAGUCCUGUGGUCAGACCACAGACAGAGAGCAGAGUCUCCAGCAUCAGAUUGUCUGUCUAUGAAGAGUGAUCGGUCCAGAAAUCCUCCUCCAUUCUUCAGGAAUGAACCUGGACCCUCAGACCCAAGAGUCCUGUGGUCAGACCACAGACAGAGAGCAGAGUAUCCAGCAUCAGACUGUCUGUCUAUGAAGAGUGAUCGGUCCAUAGAUGCUCCUCCAUUCUUCAGGAAUGAACCUGGACCCUCAGACCCAAGAGUCCUGUGGUCAGACCACAGACAGAGAGCAGAGUCUCCAGCAUCAGACUGUCUGUCUAUGAAGAAUGAUCGGUCCAGAAAUCCUCCUCCAUUCUUCAGGAAUGAACCUGGACCCUCAGACCCAAGAGUCCUGUGGUCAGACCACAGACAGAGAGCAGAGUAUCCAGCAUCAGACUGUCUGUCUAUGAAGAGUGAUCGGUCCAUAGAUGCUCCUCCAUUCUUCAGGAAUGAACCUGGACCCUCAGACCCAAGAGUCCUGUGGUCAGACCACAGACAGAGAGCAGAGUAUCCAGCAUCAGACUGUCUGUCUAUGAAGAGUGAUCGGUCCAUAGAUCCUCCUCCAUUCUUCAGGAAUGAACCUGGACCCUCAGACCCAAGAGAAAGGAAGAGGAAGAGGAGCAGUGGUGUUUCUGUGGAGAAGCAGCUCUCCUGCUGUUCUUUGUGUCAGGACGUCCUGAAGGAUCCAGUCUCUACCAGCUGUAGACACUGGUUCUGCAGACAGUGCAUCAUCUCAUACUGGGACCAGUCUGCUUCAUCUGGAGACUUCCCCUGUCCUCAGUGUGGAAAAAGAUUUAAAACAAGACCUGAAACUCAGACCAUCACUGUACAAAUGAGCGUUGCUCUCCUGGAGGUUUUACAUGUACAUAAGAUCAGUCUGGAGUUGAGAUGUUACUAUGUGACUGAAGGAACUGAUGAAGCAGGAAGUGAAGUCCUCCUCAACACCAUCUACACUGAGCUCUACAUCACAGAGGGACAGAGUGAAGAUGUUAAUACCCAACAUGAGGUGAAGCAGCUUGAGAGAGCUUCCAAGAUGGAGACCCUCCAUGAGACUCCAAUCAAGUGUCAUGACAUCUUUAAAGUCUUACCAGCCAAAGACUUACCUGUUCAGUACUUACCUGGCCAACAGAAACACAUCAGGCUCGUUCUGACGUGUGGCGUUGCUGGCGUUGGAAAAACCUUCUCAGUGCAGAAGUUCACUCUGGACUGGGCACAGGGUUUGGAAAACAAAGAUAUCAUUCUAGUGAUUCUGUUUUCGUUCAGGGAGCUGAACCUGAUCAAAAAUGAGCAGUACAGUCUUCUCAUGCUGAUCCACAUUUUCCAUCCAACAUUACAGAAGCUCACAGCAGAGACGCUCGCUGUCUGUAAAGUUUUGUUCAUCUUUGACGGCCUGGAUGAAAGCAGGCUUUCAUUAGAUUUCACCAACAGUGAGGUUGUGUCUGAUGUCACACAGAAGUCAUCAGUCAGCGUGCUGUUGACAAAUCUCGUCAAGGGGAAUCUACUUCCCUCUGCUCUCAUCUGGAUAACUUCCAGACCUGCAGCCGCCAAUCAGAUCCCUCCUACAUGUGUGGACAGAAUAACAGAAGUACGAGGCUUCACUGACGCCCAGAAGGAGGAGUACUUCAGGAGGAGAUUCAGUGAUGAAGAGCUGUCCAAGAGAGUCAUCUCGCACAUUAAGUCUUCCAGGAGCCUCCACAUCAUGUGUCACAUCCCAGUCUUCUGCUGGAUCACUGCUACAGUUCUGGAGCACAUGUUGACCACAGACCAGAGAGGAGAGCUGCCCAAGACCCUGACUGAAAUGUACUCACACUUCCUGCUGGUUCAGACAAAGAGGAAGAAACACAAGUAUGAUGAGGGACAUGAGACGAGUCCACAGGAGCUGACGGAGGCUGACAGGGAAGUUCUUCUGAAGUUGGGGAGGCUGGCGUUUGAACAUCUGGAUAAUGGAAACAUCAUGUUCUACCAAGAAGACCUGGAGCGAUGUGGUCUUGAUGUCUCAGAGGCCUCGGUGUACUCAGGAUUUUGUACAGAGAUCCUCAAAAGAGAGAGUGUGAUCUUCCAGAAAUCAGUCUACAGCUUUGUUCAUCUGAGUGUUCAGGAGUUUCUGGCUGCAGUCUACAUGUACCACUGUUACACCAGCAGCAACACAGAGGUACUGAAGAACUUCCUGGGAAAAGACUACAGUCACUCAUCCCUGGAUGACUUCCUGAUAAAAGCCAUGGAGAAAUCUCUGGACAGUGAAAAUGGCCACCUGGACCUGUUUGUUCGUUUCCUUCAUGGCCUCUCUCUGGAGUCCAACCAGAGUCUCUUAGGAGGUCUGCUGGGUCAGACAGACAACAGUCCAGAAAUCAUCAAGAGAGUCAUCAACAACCUGAAGGAUAUGAACACUCGUAAUAUCUCUCCUGACAGAAGCAUCAACAUCUUCCACUGUCUGAUGGAGAUGAACGACCGCUCGGUACAUCAGGAGAUACAAGAGUUCCUGAAGUCAGAGAACAGAUCAGGGUAUGUGUCUGAGAUCCACUGCUCAGCUCUGGCCUACAUGCUGCAGAUGUCAGAGGAGGUUAUGGAUGAAUUGGACCUGAAUAAGUACAACACAACAAGGGAGGGACGACGGAGACUGAUCCCAGCUGUGAGGAACUGCAGAAAGGCUGUGAUUACUGGCUGUGAACUCUCAGAGACUCACUGUGAAGUUGUGGCCUCAGCUCUGAAGACCAACCCCUCCCAUCUCAGAGACCUGGACCUGGGCUUCAACAACCUGAAGGAUUCAGCCGUGAAGUUUCUGUCUGCUGGACUGGAGAGUCCAAACUGUAGACUGGAGACUCUGAGAUUGAGUCACUGCAGUUUGUCACAGAGCAGCUGUUCUUCUCUGGUCUCAGCUCUGAAGAACAACCCCUCUCAUCUGAGAGAGCUGGAUCUGAGUAUCAACAACCUGCAGGAUUCAGUAAUGAAGCUGCUUUGUGAUUUUGUGGAGAAUCCAAACUGCAGACUGGAGACUCUGGAAUUGUUUGGCUGCAGUUUGUCAGAGAUCAGCUGUUCUUCUCUGGUCUCAGCUCUGAAGAACAACCCCUCUCAUCUGAGAGAGCUGGAUCUGAGAGGAUACGACAACAAGCUGAAGGAAUCAGUCAAAAAGCAGCUGUCUGAUCUUCAGGAGAGUCCAGACUGUAAACUGCAGACUGUGAUGUGAGUAGAGAGUUGGAGUCAGUCUGUGCUGGUUUCAACAGUUUUGUAUUAAACACAGUUAGUAUCAAAGCAGAGAUCCAGUAUUUCCUGGUGAACCUCCGACCUUCUCAGUGCUGCUUUCCUCAGUGAAGCUGUGAGAGGAGAAUGGUGACCGGCUUCAGGAUUGGACGGA